AAAUGUUGGUCCCACUACCUGAUAGCCACGCGUCAAAUUUGUAAUACAAAAUCUGCUGGAGACUACUCACAGCAGCACCAGAUCCUUACUCUUCAAUCGAAAUCCGUUUGAAGCUCUUCUUGGCGAUCGCUCUCUUGGCCAGAAGAACAGAGCCACAACAGAAAAAAAAAAUAGUUUUCAGGGAUUUAAAUUUGUGUGGAAUUUGAAAUAGUUUUUGAGUAUCAAUGGACCGUGCUGAACUAACCACUGAACAGGUUCUGAAGAGGGACAUCCCAUGGGAAACAUACAUGACAACUAAGCUGAUUUCAGGAACAGGUCUACAGCUGUUAAGGCGAUAUGAUAAUAGAGCUGAAAAUGUUAGGGCACAGUUGUUGGAUGAUGAUGGUCCAGCCUAUGUUCGAGUCUUUGUUAACAUAUUACGUGAUAUAUUUAAGGAAGAAACAGUGGAAUAUGUUCUGGCUUUAAUUGACGAAAUGCUUGCAGCCAAUCCGAAACGAGCCAGAUUAUUUCAUGACAAGUCUCUUUCAAAUGAAGAUACUUAUGAACCUUUCCUAAGAUUGCUCUGGAAAGGUAACUGGUUCAUACAAGAAAAGAGCUGCAAGAUACUUGCCUUGAUAGUAAGUGCCAGGCCAAAAACCCAGGAUGGUGUUGUUGCAAAUGGAAAAGCCUCAAAUUCAAAGCAAAAGUUCACUACCAUUGAUGAUGUACUAAAAGGAUUGGUUGAAUGGCUUUGCACACAGCUGAAGAAGCCUUCUCAUCCUAGUCGUGGUAUUCCAACUGCUAUUAACUGCCUUGCGGCAUUACUGAAGGAACCUGUUGUCAGAUCUUCCUUUGUUCAAGUAGAUGGGGUGAAAUUGUUGAUUCCUUUAAUUUCUCCGGCAUCCACCCAGCAAUCUAUCCAGCUUCUUUAUGAAACUUGUCUCUGUAUGUGGCUUUUAUCCUACUAUGAACCGGCAGUUGAGUAUUUGGCAACAUCUAGGGCUCUACCACGAUUGGUUGAUGUUGUUAGGAGUUCCACAAAGGAGAAGGUUGUCAGGGUGGUUGUAUUGACCUUUAGGAACUUGUUGUCCAAAGGCACAUUUGGUGCUCAGAUGGUUGACCUUGGACUGCCACAAAUUGUUCAGAGUUUGAAAGCACAAGCAUGGAGUGAUGAGGAUCUAUUGGAGGCUCUCAAUCAACUUGAAGAUGGGCUGAAGGAUAACAUUAAGAAAUUGAGUUCCUUUGAUAAAUAUAAGCAAGAAGUUCUCCUUGGUCAUCUUGAUUGGUCACCUAUGCAUAAAGAUCCAUUGUUUUGGCGUGAUAAUAUAACAUGCUUUGAAGAGAAUGAUUUCCGGAUUAUAAGGGUCCUCAUUACAAUUAUGGACUCAUCCAAUGAUCCAAGAGCUCUGGCUGUUGCUUGCUUUGAUCUCUCACAAUUUAUUCAGCACCAUCCUGCUGGGAGGGUGAUAGUGACUGAUCUCAAGGCCAAGGAACGGGUGAUGAAAUUGAUGAACCACGAGAGUGCUGAGGUUACCAAGAAUGCCUUACUCUGCAUCCAGAGGCUUUUCCUAGGUGCCAAAUAUGCUAGCUUUUUGCAGGCCUAGUUUGCUUUAAUGGUGCAUGGCCGUGUCUCUUUCUCUCAUGGAAGUGAUACAGCGAGCGGAUGGUAAGUAAAUUCGGCUCAGCAGGUGUUUUAUUUUCAUUCCAGUAAUUAAUAGGGCUGGUCUCCUAUCGGAUAUUUGAUUGUCAAAUUGUCUAGGAUGAAUCCUUUUGCUUUUUGUCAAAAACUCCAAAAUAUUAUUAUUAUUUUUAUUUUUUAGAUUUUGAGUCGUGGAAUUGAAUAAAAUGAUGGAGAUUUAGCUUUAA